AUGGCUGAUGUGGAGCGUCAAUAUGCGCUUUCAUUAUUCAAGACUAAAUUGUUAGAGUCAAGAGAAUGGGAGGCCAAGCUUAAGAAUCUACGAUUAGAGAUCAAAGGAUUGCAGAAGGAAUUCGACAAUACAGAAGAAGAUGUCAAGGCUUUACAGAGCGUAGGACAGAUUAUUGGAGAGGUUCUCAAGCAACUUGAUGAAGAGAGAUUUAUUGUUAAGGCUUCAUCGGGCCCUCGAUACGUAGUCGGUUGUAGGUCUAAAGUCGAAAAAGAAUCUUUGAAACAAGGAACCCGCGUAUCGCUCGACAUGACCACUUUAACAAUUAUGCGAAUGUUGCCGCGAGAAGUUGACCCACUCGUCUACAAUAUGUCCUUGGAGGAUCCGGGACAAGUUAGCUUCGGUGGCAUUGGUGGACUGAACGAACAAAUUAGAGAGCUAAGAGAAGUAAUAGGUUUGCCAUUAAAAAAUCCAGAAUUAUUUAUGCGAGUCGGAAUCAAACCUCCCAAGGGUGUACUCCUGUAUGGACCUCCAGGAACAGGUAAAACUUUGCUAGCAAGAGCUGUAGCCAGUAGUCUGGAAACAAAUUUUCUCAAAGUUGUAUCAUCUGCUAUCGUUGACAAGUAUAUCGGUGAAUCGGCACGAUUAAUCAGAGAAAUGUUUGGAUAUGCCAAGGAGCACGAACCAUGCAUAAUAUUCAUGGACGAAAUUGAUGCCAUCGGUGGGCGAAGAUUCUCAGAGGGAACCUCUGCAGACCGAGAAAUUCAACGGACGCUAAUGGAACUUUUAAAUCAACUCGACGGUUUUGACUAUCUUGGGAAGACUAAGAUUAUCAUGGCCACAAAUCGACCAGAUACCCUGGAUCCCGCUCUCCUUCGUGCUGGACGCUUGGAUAGGAAAAUCGAGAUACCUUUACCAAAUGAAGUUGGUCGCCUAGAGAUUCUCAAGAUUCACGCCUCUACUGUGGUUACAGAAGGUGAAAUAGAUUUUGAAAGUGUCGUCAAAAUGAGUGAUGGCUUGAAUGGGGCUGAUUUACGAAACGUUGUUACCGAAGCCGGUCUCUUUGCUAUAAAAGAUUACAGGGACGCUGUCAAACAAGAUGAUUUUAAUAAAGCUGUCCGUAAAGUUGCGGAAUCGAAAAAGCUUGAAGGCAAGCUGGAGUACCAAAAGCUCUAG